AUGGUUGUGCUCGAGAAGGCCGAAAGCCCACAGUACACGUGGCUUUACCAGUUUUCGCUUCCGAUCCCACCUGUCAAGACCCCGGCUAUGACUAUUACGAACCCUGUCACAGGCAACCCGAUUGACUACUACCAGGUUUACAUCAACCAGUUUACACAGAAGGUCUAUCCCAACAAGGACAAUGCCGUCCUCGUUGGCUAUGACGGAAUGGGCCGGGAAACGGUUGUGCGCUUCAUCAACAACGCAACUAUGGCCAGCGCUGUCCAUCUGCAUGGUUCAUACUCGCGGGCCCUCUGGGAUGGCUGGGCUCAAGAUGUCAUCGAGCCUCUUCAGUUCAAGGAUUACUACUACCCCAACAGUCAGAGCGCUCGUUUCUCGUGGUAUCACGACCACGCCAUUGAGCAUGCUGCCGAGAAUGCGUAUUUCUGCCAGGCAGGCGGUUAUAUCAUUCACGAUGCCGCCGAAGAUGCGCUCGGCCUACCAUCUGGUUACGGCCAGUUUGAUAUCCCCCUCAUUCUCGCGUCCAAGCAGUACAAGAGCGACGGCACAUUAUUUAGCCCGGCUUCCGAGGAUGACUCCCUGUAUGGGGAUAUCAUUCAAGUCAACGGCCAGCCGUGGCCGUUCUUCAACGUCCAACCGCGCAAAUACCGGCUUCGUUUUCUCGACGUGUCCGUCUCGCGCACAUUUCUGCUGUACUUCCAACGCCAAUCCGGAUCCACGGCGAAGAUACCCUUCCAGGUCAUCGCAUCGGACUCGGGAUUGCUCGCGGCUCCUGUCGCAGCGUCUGAGCUGUACCUCUCCAUGGGCGAGCGGUACGAGGUUGUCUUUGACUUUUCCCCUCUUGCUGGCCAGAACAUCACUUUGCGAAACACAGAGGACGUUGGCGAUGAUGAGGACUACCUGCACACUGGCAAGGUUAUGCGUUUUGUUGUCUCUGGCACUCCCGUGGCGGACCCCAGCGCGGUUCCUUCGACCCUGGCAACGGUCCACUGGCCGUCCCCAGCCGGGCCCGGGGUCGACCAUGAGUUUUUGUUCCAUCGGUCCAACAGUCAAUGGCAGAUCAACGGCGUUGUCUUCGCCGACAUGGCCAACCGCGUGCUGGCCAAUGUGCCCAGGGGCACAGUCGAGGUGUGGGAGCUCGAGAACAGCAGCGGCGGCUGGAGCCAUCCGAUUCACAUCCAUCUUGUCGACUUCAAGGUCUUGUCCCGAACCAACGGUGACCGGCCCCUUUACGAGUACGAAACCAUGGGGCUCAAAGACGUCGUCUGGCUGGGCCCUGGCGAGACUGUCAGGGUCGAGGCCCAUUAUGCUCCCUGGGACGGCGUCUACAUGUUUCACUGCCACAAUCUCAUCCAUGAAGAUCAUGAGAUGAUGGCCGCUUUCAAUGUCACGGCACUGCUCGAUCUCGGAUACAACGAGACGGCAUUCCGUGACCCGAUGGAAGGUCGAUGGCGUGCCGAAGCCGUGACGGCUGCAAAGUUCACACCCGCUGCCAUCACAGAAAAGGUCCAAUUCAUGGCAAGCCUGGAGCCGUAUAACAAUGUCGAUGAGGUGCACGAGGUUCUUGAGGAGUACUGGGAUACACACGGUUAGAGGGAUAUGGCUCAUGCUCCAGGCAUGAGGCUGGGAAAGUGGGACAGCGUUCAAUGCUGACACGCGAUGGAAAUCUCAUGACAUGCCGAGCCAAGGGGCAAUUGAUAUAUAAUCCAAACCAAGCCUGAGACUCGGACCAUUUGGCGAGAUAGUAACUGGUUAAGAGG